GCCAAAUUGGACGGACCCUUUGACGACGAAGACGAGGCCAAGGCGGCCUUUAAAAAGAUCUUCAAAUCCAAGACGGGAGCGGCGUGGGGCGACGCCGAGCCCGGCAGCGAGCCCAGGAAGGGGAAGUACGCACACUUGGCCACCGCCGGCAGCGGAGGCAGCGCCAACGCCCAAUGGUACAACCGAGAAGUGGAGGAAUCAAUAACAGAAAAUGCACCCAUUAAAGCUUCCGCGGCCAGUGUUGCAGCGCAGUCGAAGCAGACCCAUGUGGCCCCGGUCUCUCCUCGGAAGGAGAGAGCAACGUCCGGUUUAGGACUCAGAGACAAACCCAGCAGCGACAAGGCCCUGAAGAUUGGGAGAAAACAGGCUGCAGCAACAAAACUCCAGCAAAAACAAACCACAACCAAAGCGGAAGGAUUGAAUCGACCCAAAAACAAACGAAACGAAACCAGCACUAAAACUGUUGCUACCACGAGUCCAGAUGAAAGCAACGAUGAGGUAGUUUACAUGGCAACCUACAAUCCUCAUUCUCCUACUCGUCAAUGGGAUAUCAACGACGACAGUAGCUCUGGUGGCUCGAGCCCUCCCCCUGCUUCAUAUUCAGACGAGAACGACCUAUCAUCGGAAGAUGCAGCAUUACACGGAGCAAUCUAUGAGUCUACGCAAGCAGCUUCGCCCCCAAGGGCAGUCAAGAAUCCACCCCACAAUUGGCUACGAACGGCAUCUCUGCAAGAUUCAGGCAGUGACUGCGACAAAGCCGAAGGAAGGGAUUUCCAUCCCUUCCUUUAA